GAGAGAGAGAGAGAAAAGAAAAAGAAAAAAAAAAUGAUUCUUCUUUCAAGGUGUGGUUCAGCAGCAGCGGUGCGUGUAGGAGAUGGUGGAAGUGUAGAGAAAGAAGAGAAGAAACAGAAGAUGAACGAUGCGAUUAGUUGUACAUCACUAACAGUGUGGAGGAAAUCACUAUUAUUCACCUGUGAUGGUUUUACGGUGAUUGAUUCUACCGGAAAUCUCAUCUAUCGAGUCGAUAAUUACAGAGGUGACCGGACCGACAAUAUCAUCCUCAUGGAUGCGUAUGGAAAACCCCUCUUUACCCUUCGUCGAAAGAAGAGGAGGUUUGUAGAUAAGUGGUUAAUAUUCGAAGGAGAAGCAGAGGAUGGGAAGGAGAUGAGUAGUAAGAAACCGAUGUAUUGGGUGAGGAAACAUGUAAAUCUGAAGUUACAGAGAAAUAACCACCAAAAUCAUCAAGAUGUGGUGGUGGCACAAGUGUUUGAUACAACUCCUCCUCCAGAGAAAGAAAAAGAGAAAGGUAAUCCAAUAUUUGUGAUACAAGGGUCUUACGAGAGAAGGUCAUGUCAAGUGGUAGAUGGGUUAUCAAGAACAGAGGUUGUUGCAGAGAUCAAGAGGAAGGAUGCGAGCAUCAAAGGCAUUUCUUUUGGACUUGACGUUUUUCUUUUGAUCGUUCGGUCAGGUCUUGAUCCUGCGUUUGCAAUGUCUUUGGUUUUACUUCUUGAUCAAAUGUUCACCUAACUAUCUUUUUCACUUACCAUCU